CAAGGGGCGUUCUGGUUUUUUGGACUCUGAACUCAGAAAUCCCCGAGUAAACAAAGCAAGAAGUUGUAGGAACGAGUGUGUGACUAAAGUGAAGGUGGAAGUGAAAGUGGAAGUCAGACUCUAGACUUUUCUCCAUCCAUGGCGUCCAGCAGGAUGAACCAGGACGAGGCUCUGGGUCUCAGCGAGGAUCUUACCUGUGCCAUUUGCUGUGAUCUGUUCAGAGAUCCAGUCAUGCUUGGCUGCAUGCAUCACUUCUGCAGGUCAUGCAUCACCACCUACUGGAAAGGUAUUAGAGGUCCAGCGUUGUGCCCCCAGUGCCGCAAGGAGUUCCCCAACAAACAGUUUCAGACCAACUACCUGGUGGCUGGCCUGGUCGAGAAGGUCAGAGCUAGUUCUUCUUCUGAGUCUAUGAAGCGUCUACAGAAUAAGAAAGAACAGCUAACCAUCAUGAUCAAGAAAGACAAAGAACGGAUGAACAUAAUAAAAAACGUGGCUGUUGAUCUGAAGCAGAGGGUAAGUUCUGACUUCAAGGCUCUGCACCACUUCCUACAAGUAGAGGAGUCAGCCAUGCUGGAUCAGUUGAGGAGGGAUCAGAUAGAGCUGGAGCAAAACCUGAAAUGCCACCUUCAUGCCCUGCAAAAAGCAGUUCAAGAACUAGAGCAGACCAUGAGUUCGCUCAAAGGAGGCCACGUGGGACCGGUGGAGCUGUCAGAAUUAAAUUACAGACCACAUGUUCCAGCGAUCAAAGAACCUAAUAUAGAAGGUUUCAAGAGCAAAUAUAUAGGUCCACUUCAGUACAUAUUGUGGCGAAAGAUGUUAAAAAAAUUAAAACCAGGCCCACUUCCACUAACCUUUGAUGAAGAUACAGUUCAUCCAAGCCUCCAGCUCUCUAGAGACAAGACCAAAGUAGUUGAGACCGAAGCCAUGCUUCCCUACAAACCUAAUCCGAAGCGCUUUGUUCAGUGUGUUAAUGUUCUUGCAUCCCAAGGAUUCCAAAAAGGCAAACUUUACUGGGAAGUUGGUGUUGGCACCAAGUCCAAGUGGGACAUAGGCGUUGCCCUGGAAACAGUGAAUCGACAGGUACGGGUGAAGUUGUGCCCGAAUAACGGGUACUGGACUCUGCGUCUGCGCAACAACACAGAGUACUCAGCAGGCACCCAACCCUGGACCCGGUUGCGUGUGACUUCUCGACCAUUCAGAAUUGGAGUUUUUGUGGACUGUGAGGCACGCACAGUUUCCUUCUAUAACGCUGAUGACAUGAGUCUGCUCUACUCAUUCUUCAACGGGCCCGUAGGGAAGGCUUUUCCAUUCUUCAGCACAUGCCUCAGUGAACCUGGGCAGCAAGCUCUGCCCAUUCAUCUCCUGUACUUCACCAGCAUGGCUCUCUGAGAUACCAAAUUGCUGGAAGCUUUAUACUAAGUGUUCAAAUUAUCUACAUAUAUCACAGGACUACAUUAUAUCAUUUACAAAGCAUAACACGCAUGUUUUAUUGAUGACACAGCUGUCGCGGUUCACAAUUUAUUUUCGCUUAUUCCAUUUUUUAUAUGCACAAUUUACUCCAUUAAAUGUAUGAACACAGAUCCCUCACGCUACUUUAAUCUCACUAUCUUGCGAACAAAUAUUGGACAUUGAUCACAGAAACCAUCAACUCUUAGAUUGCUACCUUUUACAAGCAAUAUGACUAUAACCUGAAAUUGCGUCUUUUUGAAGAAUUUAUUUGUAGCUGCAGUUGAACAUUUUAUGUAAAUGUAGGAAUGCUGGAUGAACUGUAAAUGUUUAAUUUCAUGGGUAUAUUUUCUGAUGCAUUCAAUUUGUAAAAAAAAAAAAAGAAAUCGGAUGACCUGUUCAGACACAUCAAACUAUGUAUGUAACUAAUGUGCAUUAAUAAAUCAAAAACAUAUGAGGCAACUUC